AUUUGACAGCAGUUGAUAAGUCGAUUGUUCACGGUGCUGGUUGGCAGUCAUUUAUUUAUUUAAUUUUCGACAUUGGUUAUAUUUAGUUGUAUUAUAUGUUAACGGGGAUCUAUCCAUUGGUUACUCAGUGAUUUGUGUUACUACUUAUUAUAUUCGUUGGUUGGAGAUAUAUGCGCAAUAGAAACGAACAAAGCAAAGUUCAAAAAAUCUAAAUUGUCUUUUCAUCGCGGCUUUGAUUUGUAAAUUCGCUAAUCGGAACGAAACUAAACAAAAAGAUGGAGAACGUGAAAUCUGGAGAUAGCGUGUUAGUUAUUUGGAACAGCGACAAUCAGAACAGCAUCGGCAGCUUGGUGGAAGAGGUCAAAGCAGCUAUUGGCAAUGGCUCCGUCGUUCUGGAAAACUCUGAAAUGAUAACCGAAUCAUCCCGGCCGGCAUCAUCCUAUGAUGCUGUGCUCUCAAACUGGCUGGCCCCGCACACUGUAAAACACACGGACGCACUCUUGGCAAUUAUUGUGAAAAUCCUCAAGCCCAGUGGUAAACUAAUCCUGAAAGAUACGGCAGAACUGACAACCACACUCAAACUAAAUGGUUUUGUAAACGUCACAAAGUCUACUGAUAAUUUAUAUAUAGCUGAAAAACCCAAAUUCGAGGUUGGUUCCAAAGCAUCAUUGAAACUAAACGGGAAGCCAGCGGUUUGGAAACUGGAUAACACGGUUGAAGAAGCAUGGGCCGCUGGAAAUGAUGAUGAAAUCAUUGAUGACAACCAGCUUUUGGAUGAAAACGAUCUGACUAGGCCAGACAUGAAGUCUUUGAGAGUUUGCGCCACGACCGGUAAAAGAAAAGCAUGUGCUGACUGUUCGUGUGGACUCGCUGAGGAGCUCAGGGGAGAAGUCAAAGACACUCCCAAAUCUUCGUGUGGAAGCUGUUACCUAGGCGACGCGUUCCGCUGUGCGACGUGCCCUUACCUAGGCAUGCCCGCGUUCAAACCGGGCGAACAAGUGAAGCUCGAUCUCAAGUCGGAUAUAUGAACAAUCUCACUUUAGCUCUCCAGUGAAUAUCGCCUAGUAUGUAUUACAUGUUGUGAUUAUAACUAUGCUUCAAUAAAAAUUUAAGUCGAUUUUGUAA